AUGUCCAUCCGCGAUAUGGAGCACGAGAUCGCAGGGCUGACAGAUCGAGCCGCACGGGACGAGCUUUGCGUGGAAGAUCUUAGCCAGUCGACUUUCGGCAUCGUGGAUGCCGGCAUCGCUGGGGGAAUGCUUGGCACUGGAAUCAUAAACUUCCCGCAGAGCGCAUCGAUGGGUGGCGAGCUCAG